AUGACAACACCAAAAUACUUCUUGAAUGAGACACUAACACGUGUCACCACACAUAAUGAAGGAGAGGAGAUGAGGCUGGGGAAUAUCUCGAUAAAACCAUACGUCACUCCGGCCGGCCUCCACUUCCCGCAACAUCCUUCACCUUCUUCUUUCUUCUUUAACGUUCUUUUUCGACGAUUUCCGAUAGUCUCCAUUCUCGAAUACACUGUCAUAUACGAUUUCUGUGACAUUCGACCUGGUACAGCAUGGUGGUGGGUGCUUAGGGUUUUAGUUUUUCCAGCUAUAGGGUUUCCAUAUUUCAUUAGCGUUUAUGGGUUUAGGUUUCCAGUAUGUUACUAUCUGAUAAGUGAGGAGCAACAUUUCCCCGCCCGGGUAACCACAUUUUCAAACAUAUCAGUUGUUACCACUUCAAUUAAAUUGAAGUUGAAUGAGGAGCAACUUGAGGUUUUUAGGCAAUCAUGCUUUGGCAUGAUGCUGGAUGUACAUGACAUCAGUUGUUCUUCACAACUGAUACACCAGCUUCUACUACGUCAAAUUGUUUCUCCCCAGGGUGAUUUUGGAGAAAGAUUGCAUUUCAAUAUUGGUGGAAAGAAGUGCACAUUUGGUAUUGAAGAUUUUGUGAUUAUCACCGGACUAUUAUGUACAGAAUCUGUGCCCGAUGUGUCAAGUCUGGUUGAUACAUCUGUUAAUAGGCUAAAAUCCCUUUAUUUUGAAGAAAAAUGUGGAAAGGGCAAGGGUAAGGGGAAGGGGACCAAUGUAAGCAGAGCUGAGCUGGAAGAGGCAUUCGAUAAAUGUGAUAAUGCUCAUGAUGCUUUGAAGUUAGCUUUGGUGUAUUUUGUUGAGUCUGUAUUGAUGCCUAGAGAGAGAAGAAAUGCCAUUAAUAUUAAGUGGCUCCAACUUGUGGAUGAUUUGGAUGCCUUCAACCAAUAUCCAUGGGGAAGCGUUUGCUACGAACGUACUGCUACCUCUCUUGCAUGUGCCAUGAUUGGAAGGGCUGAAAAAUACUUGAGUAAGGGUAAGGCAAAGGAGACAUACAGCCUUUAUGGAAUGCCAAUAGUACUCCAGAUUUGGGCGUAUGAAAUUGUACCCAUUAUAGCCCAGAGGUAUGCCACCAAAUGUGGUGAAACACACCCCAGAAUACUCAAGUACUCAGGGAAUCAAACCCCUACUUCAGAUGACAUCGUGUCAGAUGUAUUUGAACUGAUAAAGAUUGAGGUUCAUGAUGCUCUAGUGCCAACAGAGGCUGAGCUGGAGAAGGAUUAUGUUAGGGAGGUUAUGAAGAGAAUUAAGAAAAGAGAAAUUAAAAGAAGCAGAGAUAAGUCUGAAGAAGAUGAAGAAGAGAAACAGAGAAAAGAGAGAAGAACUAAGAGAAGGAGGGAUUACGAUGUUAAUGUUGAAGAAAAAAUGAGAAAAGAGAAAAGAACAAAGAGAAGGGAUGAUCACAUCGAGCAUGCACAUGCACAUAAAGCUGGAGGGAAUUUGAUAUUGAAGGCCAAGUUCGAUGCCAUAGAGCAGAAGUUGGGAGAGCAUGGUGGUCAACUUUUGGACAUGAAAAAGGAAAUUGUUGAAAGCAUUACUGGUUUUUUUGAGACUACCAAGGCAAUUUACGAAGGUCUGGCAGUGUUAAAAGGAAAUUGGGAGAAAAAGGAGGAUAAGGAUGGAAAUCAGGAUGAAAAGGAUGAGAAUGAUGACGAGGGAAAGGAUGAUGAGGGUGAAAAGGAUGACGAGGGAAAGGAUGAGGGUGAAAAAGAUGAUGAGGGAAAGGAUGAUGAGGGUGAAAAGAAUGAUGAGGGAACGCAUGAUGAGGAUAAAAAAGAGGACCAGGAGGAAACGUAUGAUGCGGAUAAAGAGGAGGAGGACAAUGAGGGAAAGACAGUUUCCCCUGUUAGACAUGCCGAUGAUGUUGAGGAUGCAGCCGUAGUUGCUGGAUUGAUGGAUCUCACAGAACAAGUGUUUGAACAGCCAAUGACAGACAAAAGUUCAAUUGGAGUUGAAGAGAUUCCAAAAGCCAAGUACACAUUUACACGGGGAAGAAAAAGAGGUUCCACAUCGAGACGUGUAAAUAUAUAUAAUCCAAUGCGAACAGAGUGUCAAUCACAAGAAAGAAGCACCAACCAAAAUAUUGAUGGUCCUUGGCCAAUCAAUUUAAAGAGGUCGUAUUCGACUCUUUGGAGACAAGGAUUUGAAGCAUGGGUAAGAAACAGGGCUGAGGAUACAUCUUAUUUGGUUGUUGGUGGAAAGAAGUUAUACAAAAAUUGGUUUAUCAACGCAAUGACACCCGAUUACUGGUUGACAGACCAGCAUAUGGACGUCGCAAUGUACCUCCUCAUGAAGAGGAUCAAGCAAUACCCUGCCAUAUUCAAGAAGAAGGUUGUGCUGUUGGACACUAUAUUCACUGUAUCAGUUGAAUCCCACUUUAAUGAGUUCACUAAAGAUCCUCAUAAUGUUGGAGAAUGGGACAAACAUGAAGUCUUUGAACACUAUAUUUCUGGAAAAAACCCUGAAGGGUCCAUACCAUUGAAUGGUGUAGAUUACAUUUACUUUCCCAUGAACUGGAGAAAUAUCCAUUGGGUUGCAAUUGAGGUUGAAGUUGGCAACAAAUGGAUCAAUGUAUAUGAUCCCAAAAUUUCAAUCACCAGCAAGGAGGAUUGCAAUAAUCAUAUGAAACCGUUGAGGACUAUGUUGCCAUACAUCCUUCGUUUGGGUGGGAUUGAUGCAGGAGUCGCCCCAUGGCCUGCUCAUAGAUUGCAAGUUGUUCCUCAGCAAGAGACCGGGGGAGAUUGUGGGAUGUUCACAAUAAAAUUUAUAGAGGUAUUGAGUGCAGGAAUGCCAAUACAACUUAUUAAUCAGACAGACAUGAUGUUUUACAGGAGGAAAUUCGCAAUCGAGUCAUACGGACAACAUUUUUAACUUACUUUUGUAAAUAUUUAUUUUCAUCCUAUUAAAUUGUAUAUAACUCAGUGUAAUACAAAUAUUGGUUCGAGUA